UUGUGUUCUGUAAGUGUCCUGCCUCAUGUCUCCUCCUGCAUCAUGUCUCCUAUAUAAGCUGAAGUCUCUCGUAGCUCCUGAGUCCUGCUCAGUGUCGCUGCUUAUUUAUUUAUUUGUUUUGUUUUUGUGCAUUUCGGUGAUCCAGUUGUCGGUAUUUUGUUUUUGGUUUUGUGUUAUGUUUGUGCGAUGUUGCAGUUUUUGGGAUUUUUUCUCCUCUUUCGUUUCUCUCUCUCUCGUCCUCUUACCAGCUCUCACGCCUUCUCUCCAUCUAUCCACCAUUCUUCUCCUCUACUGGCCUACAGCGACCAGGUUCGCCACAGACACCUGUACACAGAUGGUAAACUCCACGGCCUGUUUGUUGAGAUUUUAUCUGAUGGCAGUGUGUCAGCGACUCAGACCCAGACUCCAUACACGGUAUUAGAGCUGAAAGCUGUUCGAGCAGGUUACACGGUGAUCCGAGGUGUGAAGUCAGACCUGUACCUGUGUGUGAAUGCUGCAGGACUCUUACAUGCUGUGAGUGUGUUUGUGGAUGCUGACUGUUCCUUCAAUGAGAUGGUACAGCCAGAUGGUUACACUCACUUCCUGUCUGCUCACCAUGGACUUCCUGUGUCCCUCAGCUUUAAUGUUCCCCCUGGCAAGCACACACUCACCCUCUCUCGCUUCCUUCCACUUACCACUGACCAGUUUAUGGAAAAACAGGAAUCUGCAGAAACAUCCAGCUUUCUAUCUGCUCCAGAUUUUGAUUCAGAUGAUCCACUGGGAGUGAAGAACACACAUCAGAACCCGAGGAGUCCACUGUUCCACAUUAACCAAUAGGUUUGUAGAUCAGAAGUCGAGGACGAGGACAUUGCUCCUCCACAUGGACUAAUAGAAACACAGAGCAGUGCGGCUAUUUGUGUAGACUUGCACUAAUGACGUGAAAUAAGUAUAUUUAUUUAUUUAUUUAUUUAUUUAUUUAUUUAUUUAUGUAUGUAUGUAUGUAUGUAUGUAUGUAUUUAUUAAUAAUGCACUGUUUGUGAGUUCUAAUUUAAAAUUAAAGUCUCUUUAGAGGAAAUAUAAGCUUUAUAAUGAUUUCUUUAAUACAAAUGCUGAUUAUUGGAUUAAUGAAUGAAAUCGUUCACACUGAACUGCUGAUUCAAAUAAAUAAACAUGCACUUUA